UGACGUCAUCGGCGGAGGGAUAGAUAGCUGUGUGUGUGAGAGAGAGCGCAGUGUGGGCAGAGGACUACCAGUGCUAUCCGCUGCGGACAGAAAGUGGAGGGCGAAAACUCUCGGAACGACAGCUUGCCGUGUGCCAAUGUGCAAAACUAUACAGUUUCGGUAGAGGCUAAGGGAUCGAGAAUCAGUCGCAAAAGAUUCGAGCUUUGGUCAUCAGAAAGAGGAGUAUAUAACGAUGUCGUCUCCAAGUCCGGGCAAAAGACGAAUGGACACCGACGUGGUGAAACUCAUCGAGAGUAAACAUGAAGUCACAAUCCUGAGUGGACUCAAUGAAUUCGUAGUGAAGUUUUAUGGACCACAAGGAACUCCAUAUGAGGGGGGCGUAUGGAAGGUGCGAGUAGAUCUUCCAGACAAAUACCCAUUCAAAUCUCCUUCUAUAGGAUUUAUGAACAAGAUUUUUCAUCCGAACAUCGAUGAAGCGUCAGGGACUGUGUGUUUAGAUGUGAUCAACCAGACAUGGACCGCUCUUUAUGAUCUCACCAAUAUCUUCGAGUCAUUUUUGCCACAGUUGCUGGCCUACCCGAACCCCAUCGACCCUCUGAACGGGGACGCCGCAGCCAUGUACCUACACCGGCCAGAGGACUACAAACAGAAAAUCAAAGAAUACAUCCAGAAAUAUGCAACAGAGGAGGCUCUGAAGGAGCAGGAGGAAGGAGCGGGCGACUCUUCUUCAGAAAGCUCCAUGUCCGACUUUUCAGAGGACGAAGCUCAGGACAUGGAGUUGUAGUUAAGGGUGACAGUUUCUCCCCUUUACCACAGAGACUAUAUUAUUUCCUAACCAUGCGAAGCAGACUAUAAAAGAUUCAUAUUUAAACAAGGUGAUUUUUUUUUUUUUUUUAUCAUUAUUAUUACUAAACCAGGAUUUUUAUGGAUAUCUAGCGUUGAUGAUGAUGAAUACAGCACCCUCUCAAGGUGUUCUAUCUCUACUUCUUGGUGGUUGUUUUUUUUCCCCCUUUCUCUCUUUCACUCUUUCACUCGCCCUCUCCUUCACCCCAGCAAAAGAAAGGCUUGUAGUUUUCCCCCUUGAUUCCACGUCGGUAGCUGCGUAGCUGGAAUGCAUGUCAUCGCCUCCCUAAUCCAACUUUUCUGACGCAGACAGCCCGGACAGAGGCUGUGUUUAAACGGGGGAGCCCUUUUUUUUUGUCCCCUUGUGAUAUUACUAAUGUACUGAGAGUUGUGUCCGUGAUGCUCUGAUACAUGAAUCCCCUCGGCUUAGACCUUUUGCCAGGACGGUCCUCAGAUGGAGUUGUUGCAGUUGGAUCGGACACGUUUUGCCUCAUUACUUCCAUCCACCUUCCCGACGCAAGUCUUUUUGAAUUAACGUAGCUUCCCUGGUUGUCUCUCCCUUAUUUGAAUUUUCCUUUUUGUUUUCUCUUUAAACAGCUGUUUUAAGAUAAAAACGCUCAAGAGAGGAACUCUCUUCUUUUUAUUUGGGAACGUUUCCACGCUGUACGUUAAAGCAAUCAUCAGGAUUUUACCGAACGCCGCUCACCGAUCAAGCCCUCGAUACAGCGCCAGUGGAAAAUCUCAAUAUGACUCCCUUUAAGUUCAUCGAGCGUUUUUUUUUUUUUAAAGAGGAUGUAGAUGUAGAGGCUAGCACAGCGAGGCUCAACUUUUCCACUAGCUCGAUGUUUCUGGCUUUUGUUCUGUUGUUGUGGAAGCCCCACAUCACCCAAACACGGCUCUACGCUUCCACAGUGACCUUCACAAAACGACCAGGAAGUGACUGUCCUGCUUCACGGAGCACAAAUCGUUUAUUUUGUACCAACAAUGUAUGCACAGAGUGUUUGUCUUUUUCCUCUUUCUGUCUCGCACCCGCUCCCUAUUUACGGGCAUCUUUUUCUUUUGUACAUUUGGAAGUGGUCGUGUAGGACUUUGUUGGUCUAGCCUAGAAGAAACCUUAAAGAGAAAAGAGACAAAAAAAAAAAACAUAAAAAAAGAUUUUUACUAACAUUUGUAGAGUUCAUCAUCUUUUCCUAUUGCUUGUGCAUAACUAUGAUAGCUGUUGUUUGACCUCAUGUAGAUCUAGUUAGUUUUACUGGGUGGUGAAAUCAAAAUUAGAUGUUCAUAUGGAUUUAGGUUUUGUAACCUGCUUGUCCGAAUACAGAUAUUAUCCGAAGGAUCCCAUUUGGUAAGAUCUGCCUCGGAAGGGCUUGUGGGUUUUAAGAGUAACGGGGUGGAAACGGGGCAGAUAUCUUCUGUAUAAAGAGCUUUUGAAUUUCAACAUCUGCAGAUGUCAUCAGUGGCAUGUUGGUACCAUGAAGAACCAGAUUAAGUUUGUGUAUGUGUGUUUUUUGCAGUAUUCUCACAAUGCACUUGCAGAUUCACUCAUCGUCCAAAAUGUAAAUGAAACGGGGCUGAAGUGUAGAGAAAAACGGACAUCGACCCCAACAACAAUGGCUUAAGGGGAGGUGUUUCAGUUCAGCUCGUGUGAUUUGAUCAAGAGCUGCCAAGGUUUUUUUUUUUUUUUUUUUUUUUUUCAUGGAGUGGCUUUUUAUAUUCUCAACUUUUUUUCUUCUUCUUCUUCUUUUUUUUUUUUUUUUUAGGUUUUAUGGGCUAGACAUUUGAUGUUGUUAUAGCCCGAGUCAAGAAUUGGCCAAAUUGUGCAAUGGAAAAAAGAAAAGUGUCUCAGUUUUGAGUCUAAAUCUGUUCAUAUUUUCAAGUAAAAGAAGAAAAACACCACUUAUAUGCAGUAUUGUAUUAAAAAGUUACCUUACAAGGAGAGAGAGACUGCGUACUAUUAGAGGUGGCUUUGUUUCACAUCUUUCAGACACGUAUGGAAGAAAAUGCUUCUCUGCUGCGGUUUGGUUGUUAUGGUAAACAUUUUGCCAUGCCUAGCAACACAUCCCCGACAAACAAGACAAACUCAGCUUCUCUACUUCAUUUCUGAUCCCCAGACUUUAAUAUGAGAGACAAAAUAUGGACAAUUUAGUUUGAACUAUAUAUAUAUAUAUAUAUUUUACUUAGUUUUUAACUCAAGUCAGAGUAAAAUGACUAAAGAGUCUGAGAAUCUCAAAUAAACAUGUAUAAGUGUGCUUCCAUUAUUAUUAAAAAUUUACUUUUUUUUGGUGAGAAUUUAUUUACUAAUUUUUGGAUUACUGUGCCCCCCAUGUCAAUAAAAGAGAUGCUCAUUUGGAGCAAGUAAUACAUGCUAAAAAAUAUGUUUGGGAUUGAAGGGAGUUAUUAUUCUUUUAUUUAAAUUUACUUUUUAGUAGGUGGGGUGAAAUAAAUUAUUACAGUGUGUCUUUUGUGUUUUGCACCCAUAAGCCCCCAGUGCUUACACACACACACAUCCAGGGUACAGCAGUUAUUAAUGUUGUGGUCUCCAGCUGUUUGUUUGCCUGAGAAAGAGCGAGGAAGAAGAGAUCGGUCUUCGGCUGCUGCUGUGGCCUCAGAGGCCCCGCCUGCUGACCCUCUCAGCCAAUGGCAUCGUGUCUCUUUCACUUGUGUUGAACUCUCCAGUGCACUUUGCAUGAGUCCGGUGUAGAGUCCAGUCUAGUUCAGUCCUUUAGUCCCUGUACCUGUGCUUCAAGAGGGUGCUCAGACAUGGGGCUUAUGUGGGCACACAGCAUGGAUUGUUUUUUUGUUUUUUAAUAAUCUGUAUUUAGUACCUAGUGUUUGAUACGCUGACUUAAAAGGAAAAUACACUUUUUUUUUUUUUUUAUGUUUUUUUUUUUCUCCCCAAGAUAUUAUGGUAAUUUGCUCUUUUUAUUUCCUUAUCCAUUAAUCUUACACUCUAUUUUUGCCAUUAUUUUUUCUUUUCUUUUGCAUUGUGAAGUGGGCAUGCCUGUCGCAAAGGACAAAUGCUCUUUAUCUAUAGGAUUAUAAUCUCUUAAAUAGCUGUGUACAGUAAACUGUAAUAACUUCUUUUUUAAUAAAAUAUUAAAUAUGUGUACAAA